AUGGUAAAAGAUAGAAGGCCGAUGAGAGAUUUUGCAGAAAUAAAUUUUACCAUUUUUCAAUUGGCACAAUCUACUAUAACUCAGAGUAAUCCGCCUGAUGAAACUGAGAAAGACAAAUCAACAGAUGAGGAAUUAAAAGUUAAAGAAGAAGAGACUGAUGAGCAAGUUGAAAUUUAUCUUGCAGAUGUCAUGAAGCAGUUGGAGAAGGAGCCUUUAUUUGAGGUAUACGGUGUGUCAAAAUUUAAUUCCAAUUCUUCUGCCACAUUUUCAAUGUUAAACAGGAAAAUUCCGUGA